AUCAAAAUCGACUGUUUUAGGGCAAACAUCAGAAACAAAAUAAUUUCGAAAGGGGGGAAAUUUUUUUAGAACUCCAUUGAAGGCAGCUCGAAGUGAAAUUCAACAUGGCCAGCAAUCCGUCGCAGCUCCUCCCAUCAGAGCUAAUCGAUCGGUGCAUCGGUUCGAAAAUAUGGGUGAUAAUGAAAGGAGACAAGGAGCUCGUCGGCACUCUCAAGGGCUUCGAUGUUUACGUCAACAUGGUGCUCGAAGACGUCACUGAAUAUGAAAUUACUACGGAAGGCCGACGUAUUACAAGACUUGACCAGAUUUUGCUCAACGGGAACAACAUUGCCAUUUUGGUGCCUGGAGGUUCCCCAGAUUCAGAAUAAGAAAGAUGGCUUGGCUUCUCUUGUUUUGUAUGGAUUCUGACUGUUACAAGCCUUAGUUUUUAUUUACUGUAGAUUAUAAUGCUCGUGACUUUCGCCCCACUUUUCGUAAUCUGAAUUCAACAACAUCAACAUUUAGUUUUGUAAAAAUUAUGUUCUUACAAUGAUCAUCAUUCUUCAUUAUCUGCUGAGCUUUGGCUUGAAAAUUAUAAUUUCUAUAAGAAAGCUUAGAAUUAUUUA